CUGCUUUCCCGCGCGCAGCAGCCCAGGAAGUGGCCCGAAGCGGCGGCCUCGCCCCGCCUCCUCGCUAUCACCUGCUGCCCGGCGCGGGCGGGGACGGAGGCGCGGGCGGGAGGGCUGAGCACGGGCCGGGUCGCCGGGGGACGCCGCGAGGAUGGCGCGGGCCCAGGCGCCGCUGCCGCUGCUGCUCGCGCUCUCUGCACUGCUGGCGCUGCCGGCGCUGGGUCCCACCGCAGCCGCUAAGCUCAACAUCCCCAAAGUGCUGCUGCCCUUCACGCGGGCCACGCGCGUCAACUUCACCCUGGAGGCCUCGGAAGGCUGCUAUCGCUGGUUGUCCACCCGGCCAGAAGUAGCCAGCAUAGAACCCCUGGGCCCGGAUGAACGCCAGUGCUCCCAGAAAGCCGUGGUGCAGGCCCGGCUCACACAACCCGCCCGGCUCACCAGCAUCAUCUUUGCCGAGGACAUCACUACGGGCCAGGUACUGCGCUGCGAUGCCAUUGUGGACCUCAUCCAUGGCAUUCAGAUUGUGUCCACUACCCGCGAGCUCUACCUCGAAGAUUCCCCUCUAGAGCUGAAGAUCCAGGCCCUGGACUCGGAAGGGAACACCUUCAGCACUCUGGCAGGAUUGGUCUUUGACUGGACGAUUGUAAAGGACACAGAGGCAGACGGUUUCUCAGACUCCCACAAUGCACUACGAAUCCUUACCUUCCUGGAGUCUACCUACAUCCCUCCUUCUUACAUCUCGGAGAUGGAGAAGGCGGCGAAGCAGGGGGACACUGUUCUGGUGUCUGGGAUGAAGACUGGGAGCUCCAAACUCAAGGCUCGCAUCCAGGAGGCUGUCUACAAGAGUGUGCGCCCUGCUGAGGUCAGGCUACUGAUUCUGGAAAACAUCCUCCUGAACCCAGCGCAUGACGUCUACCUGCUGGCGGGGACCUCCAUUUGCUACAAGGUGCAGAAGGUCAGGCAGGGGAAGAUUACAGAACUCUCCAUGCCUUCUGACCAAUACGAGCUGCAGCUUCAGAACAGCAUCCCUGGCCCGCAAGGAGACCCUGCCCAGCCUGUGGCUCUCCUGGCCCAGGACACAUCGAGGGUGACCGCCUUGCAGCUGGGACAGAGCAACCUCGUCCUCAGCCACCGGAGUAUCCGCAUGCAGGGUGCUUCUAGGUUGCCCAACAGCACCAUCUACGUGGUUGAGCCUGGGUACUUGGGGUUCACAGUCCACCCUGGUGACAGGUGGGUGCUCGAGACUGGCCGCCUGUAUGUGAUCACCAUUGAAGUGUUUGACAAGUCCAGCAACAAGGUCCACCUGUCUGAUAACAUCCGAAUUGAGGCUGAGCUUCCUGCUGAGUUCUUUGAGGUUCUCUCAUCUUCCCAGAAUGGGUCACACCAUCACGUCAAGGCGAUACAGAGGGGCCAGACAACUAUCCGUGCAGCCCUCACCUCUGUGGUGGACCAGGAUGGCGGGGUCCAUGUGCUACAGGUGCCUGUGUGGAACCAGCAGGAGGUGGACAUUCACAUCCCCAUCACCCUCUUCCCCAGCAUCUUGACGUUCCCUUGGCAACCAAAGACAGGAGCCUAUCAGUAUACAAUAAAGGCUGAUGGGGGCAGUGGGAAUUUCAGCUGGUCAUCCUCAAGUGCCAUGGUGGCCACAGUCACCGUCAAGGGCGUGAUGACCACAAGCAGUGACAUUGGACUCAGCGUGAUCCAGGCACGUGACGUCCAGAACCCGCUACAUUUCGGUGAGAUGAAGGUGUAUGUGAUUGAGCCCAGCAGCAUGGAGUUCGCCCCAUGCCAAGUGGAGGUGCGAGUGGGCCAGAGCCUGGAGCUGCCUCUGAGGAUCAACGGCCUCAUGCCCGGUGGGACAAGCGAGGUGGUCACCCUGAGUGACUGCUCCCACUUCGACUUGGCAGUAGAGGUGCAGAACCAGGGUGUGUUCCAGCCACUCCCAGGGCGGCUUCCACCUGGGUCUGAGCACUGUAGCGGCGUCAAGGUGAGAGCCGAGGCCCAGGGAUCCACCACGCUCCUUGUGAGCUACACGCAUGGCCACAUCCACCUGAGUGCCAGGAUCACCAUCGCUGCCUACCUGCCCCUCAAGGCUGUGGAUCCCUCUCCUGUUGCCGUGGUAACUCUGGGCUCCUCAAAAGAGAUGCUGCUGGAAGGAGGUCCCCGACCCUGGGUCCUCGAGCCUUCCAAGUUUUUCCGCAACGUCACCUCUGAGGACAUGGACAGCAUCAGCAUGGUUCUCUUGGGUCCCCCUGCCUCUCGGAAUUACCAACAGCACCGGAUCCUCGUGACCUGCCAGGCCUUCGGCGAGCAGGUCAUUGCCCUGUCAGUGGGGAACAAGCCCAGCAUCACCAACCCCUUUCCUGCUGUGGAGCCCACCGUGGUGAAGUUCAUCUGUGCCCCUCCGUCCCGGCUCACCCUCAUGCCCAUCUAUACCAGCCCUCAGCUGGACCUGUCCUGUCCACUGCUGCAGCAGAACAAGCAGGUGGUUCCAGUCUCCAGCCACCGCAACCCCCUGCUGGACCUGGCAGCCUUUGACCAUCAGGGUCGCCAGUUUGACAACUUCAGCUCUCUGAGCAUCCUGUGGGAGUCCGCCCGGCCAUCCCUGGCCAGCAUCGAGCAGGACCUGCCACUGCAGCUGGUUUCCCAGGAUGAUGGGAGCGGUCAGAAGAAGUUACACGGUUUGCAGGCCAUUUCAGUACACAAGGCUUCAGGAGCAACGGCCAUCUCCGCUACGGCAGCCGGCUACCAGCAGCCCCAUCUCACCGCAGCCAGAGCAAAGCAGCCGCGUGACCCUUUCCUGCCUGUGUCGGCCUCCAUCGACCUCAUUCUGGUGGAGGAUGUGUGGGUGAGCCCAGGAGAGGUGACCAUCUACAACCAUCCUGGCAUCCAGGCAGAACUCCAUGUCAGAGAAGGCUCUGGCUACUUCUUCCUCAACACCAGUGCCACGGACGUCGUAAGCGUGGCCUACCACGAGGCCAGGGGCAUCACCACAGUGCACCCUUUGCUCCCGGGCUCCGCAACCCUCAUGAUCCACGACUUGUGCCUGGCCUUCUCGUCCCCAGCAAAGGCUAUCAUUCAUGUCUCAGACAUUCAGGAGCUGUACGUCCGAGUGGUUGACAAGGUGGAGAUUGGGAAAACAGUCAAGGCUCACAUCCGCGUGCUGGACUCUUACAAGAAACCUUUUCUGGCCAAGUACUUCGCCUUCAUGGAUUUGAAGCUCCGGGCAGCCUCCCAGAUUGUCACACUAGUAGCCCUCGACGAGGCCCUUGACGACUACACAGUUGCAUUCCUUGUGCACGGCGUGGCCAUUGGCCAGACCAGUCUGACUGCCAGUGUGACUGAUAAAGCUGGACAGAGGAUCACCUCAGCCCCACAACAGAUCGAAGUCUUCCCCCCAUUCCGGUUGAUGCCCAGGAAGGUGACGCUGAUUAUCGGGGCCAUGAUGCAGAUCUCCUCGGAGGGCGGCCCACAGCCCCAGUCCAACAUCCUCUUCUCCAUCAGCAAUGAGAGCAUCGCAGUUGUGGGUGGCACUGGGCUGGUGCAGGGACUCUCUGUUGGCAACGGCACCGUGUCUGGAGUCGUGCAAGCUGUGGACGCAGAGACUGGCAAGGUCAUCGUCAUCUCUCAGGACCUUGUGGAGGUGGAGGUGCUGCAGCUUCAGGCAGUGAGGAUCCGGGCUCCCAUCACACGCAUGCGGACAGGCACGCAGAUGCCUGUCUAUGUCACGGGGAUCACCAACAGCCAGAGUCCAUUCUCCUUCGGAAAUGCUGUGCCAGGCCUGACCUUCCACUGGUCUGUCACCAAGCGAGACAUCCUGGACCUCCGAGGGCGCUACCAUGAGGCGUCCAUCCGACUCCCGUCACAGUACAACUUUGCCAUGGCUGUGCAUGCCCGGGUGAAAGGCCGGACUGGGCUUCGGGUGGUGGUCAGGGCCCAGGAGCCCAGGGCAGGACAGCUGCACAGUCUCGCCAGAGAGUUGUCAGAUGAAAUCCAAAUCCAGGUAUUUGAAAAGCUGCGGCUGCUGAACCCUGAAAUAGAAGCAGAACAAAUAUUAAUGUCUCCCAACUCAUUUAUAAAGCUACAGACAAACAGGGAUGGCGCAGCUGUGCUGAGCUACCUCGUCCUCGAUGGGCCCGAGGGAAUCCCCGUGGUGCACAUUGAUGAGCGGGGCUUCCUGGUGUCCGGCACUGUGGUCGGGACGUCCACAAUCGAAGUGACCGCCCAGGAGUCUUUUGGGGCCAACCAGACCAUCAUCAUUGCCGUGAAGGUAUCUCCAGUUUCUUACCUGAGAGUCUCCAUGAGCCCUGUCCUGCACACCCAUAACAAGGAGGCCCUGACGGCCUUGCCAGUGGGGAUGACUGUGACUUUCACCACUCACUUCCACGACAACUUUGGAGACAUCUUCCAUGCUCACAAUUCCAUUCUCAACUUCGCCACUAACAGAGAUGACUUUGUGCAGAUGGGCAAGGGCACCACCAAUAACACCUGCGUCAUCCGCACAAUCAGCACGGGCCUGACACUGCUCCGCGUGUGGGACACCGAGCACCCAGGCCUCUCCGACUAUGUCCCACUGCCUGUCCUGCAGGCCAUCUCCCCAGAGCUGUCUGGAAGCGUGGUGGUAGGGGACGUCCUCUGCCUGACCACUGUUCUCAUUGGCCUGGAAGGCAUCUCAGGCACCUGGAGCUCCUCUGCUAGCAACAUCCUCCACGUGGACUCAAAGACAGGUGUGGCUGUGGCCCAGGACGUGGGACCUGUGACAGUCUACUAUGAGGUUGCCGGGCACCUGAGGACCUACAAAGAGGUGAUGGUCAGCGUCCCAAAGAAAAUUGUGGCCCAUCGCGUCCACUCUGCCCAGACCAGCUUCCAAGAGGCCACAGCCUCCCGAGUGAUAGUCACCGUGGGAGACAGAAAUUCAAACCUAAGAGGUGAAUGUUCCCCCGUGCAGAGAGAAAUCAUCGAAACCUUGCACCCUGAAUCGCUUAUCAGCUGCCAGUUCCAUUUCAAGCAAGACAUCUUCAGUUUCCCAGCACAGGACAUCUUCACUGUGGAGCCAGGAUUUGACAGUGCUCUGGGCCAGUACAUCUGCUCCGUCACCAUGCUCAGACUGACAGACCUGCAGCUGAAGCACCUGAGCACCAAGACAGUGGUGCUGGUGGUCACCGCCUCGCUGCGUAGCAGCCACUUCUCUCUGGAGCAGGUGGAGGCAGAGGUGUCCUUCAGCCCCGGGCUUUACACUGACCAGGCUGAAAUCCUUCUGAGCAACCACUACAGCAGCUCUGAGGUUAAGGUCUUUGGGGCUGCAGAGACCCUGGAGAAUUUGGAGGUGAAGUCUGGGUCCCCAGCUGUGCUGGCCUUCAUGAAGGAGAAAUCUCUGGGGCUUCCCAGCUUCGUCACAUUCGUAGUUGGCAUCUCAGACCCUGCAGCCGGGAGCCAGGGGCCUCUGUCCACAUCCCUGACGUUCUCCAGCCCCACCACUAACCAGGCCCUCACCAUCCCUGUCACCGUGGCCUUCGUGAUGGACCGCCGUGGACCUGGUCCCUAUGGCAGUAGCCUCUUUCAGCACUUCCUCGAUUCCUACCAAGUCAUGUUCUUCACACUCUUUGCCCUGCUGGCCGGGACUGCAGUCAUGAUCAUAGCCUACCACACGGUCUCCACGCCCCGGGAGCUCACUGCACCUCGAGCCCUCACGCCCCAAGCCAGCCCACAGCACAGCCUACACCACUAUUUUGCUGCCUCGUCUCCAACCCCCUUCAAUGAACCACUUCCUGCUCGCAAAGCCAGUCCUCGCUCAGGGCUCUGGAGCCCAGCCUACGCCUCCCGCUAGCCAGCGACUAGAACCCGGUGCUGAUGGCAGCUCGCAUGGAUGCCUUGACCGCAGGGACACCCCUGCCAUGUUUGUGCUGGAACAAGGCCCUCGAGUCCUGUGCCCCGUGCCACAUCCUCCCUUGCUGCCCCUUCGCAUCUGUAGAGCAGAGGUCUAGUUGUGCUUAUUAGCUCAGCCUCGUAGGAGUUGUACAUUUGCUUUUCAUUAUUUCCCCUCCAGAGCUGGAUGUGGUGGCGCACACUUAGGACUCCAGCACUUGGGAAGCUGAGUCAGGAGGACAAAAAGUCCAAGGCCAGCAGGGACCAUAGCGCAAGGCCCUGUCUCAAACAACAAGGAAGUGUCCCUUCUGAGCCUUGCAGAGCUGGGACUGGCUGGCUCGUUCCUCCAGGCAUGGCUGUCUAGGCUUUUGGACACUGUUCCCAUUGUGUUUUUAUCUUAUUAGCAUUGCUACAACCACUCCCUCCUAAGGACUUGUAAGCGUUGCAAACUCUAGUUAGAAGGCAUCUGAAGAUGAUGUUACUAUAGUGAUCUCAGGGAAAGAUUUUCUAGUUGCUGUGGGGUGUUGGGGUGCGCAUGUGCGUGUGUGUGUGUGUGUGUGUGUGUGUGUGUGUGUGUGUGUGUGUUGCUGGGGAUAAAACCCAGGGCCUUGAGCAUUCUAGGCAAGUGCUCUACCACUGAGCUACUCCCUGACCCUUGUUACGGGUUUCCCACCUGUGAGAACAUCUCCUAGUCUGGCUGCUGCUAGGAAAUAUAGGAGCAAACAGACAUAACUGCCCCAGGCCUGCCCGCCUUAGCCUCAGGUCACAGCGCCCUGAGCCCCUGGAUAGCUGAGCCAUCUGGCACCACUGUGAAGAGCCAUCCGUCCUCUGAUCCUGUGCUUCAGAACCUGUUGAAACACUUGAUGGAUGUGGCUUUGUCCCUUCUGGGCCAUCCCCAGUGGGGACCCCCCCUAUUCUGUCCCCGGCUCCUCCACAGCAUGGGGACAUCCAUCCUCAGGCUGAUAGUAGGGACCUCCUACCCCAUUUGUUCUGUGAAGCCGCUGUGUUCCACGUCAGCACAAAGACCAGGUGUCAACUGACCCCACAUAGGUGGACACUGCAGUACCUCAGCAGAUCUGAGCCUUUGCCGCCCAGCCACAGGGGGAGGUGGCCUCUCCCUGCUCAGCCCAGGCCCCAGGAAGCUUCUCAGCUGACCCUGGAGCAGUGCGAAAGCUAGGAGCCCUCCUCUACUCAGCUCCUGUCAGCUCUGAAACCUGGGGAGUACGGGGUCCUGCUGCAAACCAGGAAGCCAUGCCACUCUCAGGAAGACCUGGAGGCUACCCAGAACUGGCCAUGGGGAUACCGCAACACCAACUCCUUGGUCCUUCUGGCUGGGCUGCAGUGAUGUGUAGAAACCGGAGAGCAGACGGCUUGUGCCUUGCCUACUACUUGAGCUCACACUGACAACCUGGAUGUCCAUAAGGUCCUUUCUCCUUGUUUUAUUUAAUAAAGUUCUGUAUAAUUUCUUAGGAA